AUGACCGAUAAAAGAAAUCUUGAACAUGUUAUAUGGAGCAGAACAGGAGAAUUAUUUAUUCGUCUAUUUGGUUCUGGGACCGAUCAGUCAACAAAAACAACAAGUGAAGUUCAUAUAAAUAAUUUACAACAGAUAAUAUCAGAAAAUAAUAUGUUACUUCAAAAAAGUGCUAUUACAAUCAUAUCUGAUAAUGGUCCGGAUUGGAGUACUGAUUGUAUGGCGAACAUUUAUAACUUAGGAAGAUUUUGGGAAGAACAAAAAUUGGAUGCAUUAAUCUUGGUUAGCUACGCUUCAGGUUAUAGUCGUUUUAAUCUAAUCGAACGUAUGUUCUCAAGAUUAACUGAUUUAUUACAGGGUGUUAUUAUUGAUCUGGAUCCAUCAUUUAGAGAAACAUCGCAACAACUGGAUAUGGAAUUGAUUGAAUUAUGUAAAUACUGGAAUAAUAAAAGUUAUUGUAAUUAUAAAAUUGACUGUGGUCCAAUGUUUUCCGUCAAUGGAAAUGCAUUUGAUGGUCAUGAAAAAUUAAAGAAUUUAUUAAUGAAUAAAUCACAAAUACAAAUACAAGAAAAUUCAAAUGUCCAAUUUAGUUUACAACUUUAUCUGCGUCACUGUAUUCGUUCAACAUAUUAUACGUUGUUUAUUAAAUGCAAUGAUAAAUAUCGUGUACAUUGUCCUCGUUAUCCAAUUUGUGCUACAUAA